GUUUGCAAAGCGCAAAAAACUCAUCCCUCGCAGCCCUCCCUCCUUCUCUCCCACCAAAACAUUACAGAGGCUUCAGAGGUGAUACAGCCACGGGAACGCAGGGGCGACGUAUCGCUGCGCAAGAGAAGGUCAAUCGAAAACGAGGGAUAUUCUGUCUGAAAUUUCAAAGCAAUCAUGAAACCUCAGUAUUUCGCGGUAGAUCUAAUACUUCUGUGCAUAUCUUGCGGAGCAAGUGCACUGGCAACGAGUAUUCCCGCUGUGCCGGCCAAUUUCACCAGUGCUGGCGCGGCGCACAGCCAUGGAACAGACACCACAAGUGUUUCUAAAACCAGGAGGAAGCGUUAUAUCAGCCAGAAUGACAUGCUCGCUAUACUUGAUUACCAUAACAAAGUGAGAGGGAAGGUGUUCCCGCCUGCAUCGAAUAUGGAAUACAUGGUGUGGGACGACACUCUGGCUAAGACGGCCGAGGACUGGGCUCAUGCCUGCCUGUGGGAGCACGGGCCGCCUCACCUCCUUCGCUUCCUUGGUCAGAACCUCUCUGUCAGGACAGGACGAUAUCGAUCCAUUCUCCAGCUGGUGAAGCCGUGGUACGACGAGGUCAAAGAUUAUUCUUUUCCAUACCCCCGUGACUGCAACCCUCGGUGCCCACUCAGGUGCUACGGUCCCAUGUGUACCCACUACACACAGAUGGUGUGGGCAACUUCCAACAAAGUAGGCUGUGCGGUUCACACAUGCCACAACAUGAACGUAUGGGGUGCAGUGUGGAAACGGGCGACGUAUUUAGUGUGCAACUACUCACCCAAGGGUAACUGGAUCGGCGAGGCCCCCUACAAAGUAGGCGUCCCCUGCUCCGCCUGCCCUCCCAGCUACGGGGGCUCCUGCAGCAACAACAUGUGCUUCCCUGCUCUUAAGACAAACUACCUGCACUGGUUCAAAUAAACACAGGUUUCCUUUUUAACAUAAGCUGACACCCUACAGUACCACAGAGACAGAACUUCAGUCCUUUAAGGAUUUGCACAACAGUCGUGGACCACACUAUUUUGUAUAUAUGGGCUUAUUUAAAGACACAAACUUGCAUUUGAAGGCAGCGUACGAUUUAGCAUUGAUGACUUGUAAAUAAACUGUAAGUCUGUGUCGUUUUUACCUGAAUUGCUAUGAAUAUUUUCAGUGAUUGGAUAUAAUUUAUGUGUAGAGUGGGUCCUUAAACACAGAAUAUAUAUUGUAUGUGGUGCUGCAUUUUCACUGUUUACUGGUGACAUUAUGGUAAUUAAGGUCAGAACAAGAUCAUAGCUGCUCAUACCUGCUCACUUUGGUGCUAUGGGCAUCACACCUUCAUGUUGUGUGCUCUGCCUCCACAGGAAUGUUGUGAUGUUGAGAUCAAAGCUUUUGACCUCACAGGCUUAAAACCUACACUGCUGGGGUCAGCGUUGUAGGAACUUUGCAUGAAACUAACUUCAGCUUUUUUGCAAUUUUUAUUUUGCAAGUUUAGCUGGCAGGACUGCACUUAAUGCAAACUUCAACUAUCUGACAGAUAAAAAACACCUCAAUCAGACUGGGCGGUUGUGAUUUAAAAGCUUUUAUUUAUGCCUUUGUUGUCAAAAGCCUGUGAUAUCUCAACAUUCACACUGUUUAAUCUGCACUGAUAUGGUUUUCUUUCAUUACAAACAUGAUACUUGGAAGAAUUUCAGAUUUUUUACUCAUGCUUCAUACUUUAGAGAGCACAUACAAUAAGCUUGACCCCUGUAUAUUUUUUUAAUCACAUGUAUACAUGCUAUAUUGGUAUUGUACAUACCAAUAUAUUGUCGUAUUGGACAAAUCCAUUGUUUAUAUUUUGUUAAGAUCACUGAUGUAGUUUGGUUGUGGGAUCUUGGCACUCAAGUGCACCUUAAUUGUUUUUAUUUGCCACAAUUAUUGGGAAUUGUUUUUUUGUACAUGUAAAUAAUCAUUAUACCUUGUCCAUCCUAAAACAAGUAUAUUGUAAGUUAUUGGUUUUUAUA